CCGCAGGCCUCCAUGCUCACAGAGCUUCAGGUGAACCUUCUUAUUUGGCCUAAUUUAAUCAGACCUCUGUUGAGUAGAUGGUUUUCUUUUGUCUCCCUCAGUCUUCUCUCAUCACUAUAGCCUUUCAGAUGCAGAUGAUCUUGUCCUGAGCAGCUUGUUCUCUGUUUAAGUUGCAGGUUUUGAGAUGGAGCGCUGGGUGAAGCUCCUCCAGCGGUUCCCCCUGUUCUUCUCCUACUGGCUCUCACUGGAUCCUGCUGGACCUUGGUGGUCUGUGAUGUCACUCGACGACCACUUGUGAUGCAGCUCUUCUGUCCCUCCAGGCAGUAAACAGCUCCUAGACUCACGUGACGUAACAGCACCAACAAUGGAGUGGGACAACAAAGCCUCCCUGUGACCCUAACGACCCCGUUAACAUCACACAGAUUAAAUGCUCGGGAUUCUCCGGCUGCCAGGACCCAAGAAGCCUCUAAGGUGAGCGGUGUCGUGUUUAUCACCCACAAAGUAGCAGCAGUAGUAGUGUUAAUAUUUAGACUUUGAUUGAUGUCCAAUCUUGACAGAAAAACACAAUACACUAGUUGGAUAUGACAUUAUUUAUUAGUAUUGGCUGCUUCAAAUAUUAAUAUUACAGCUGUUCUUCGUUAGUUUAGCGUUUGAAUGUUACUCAUUCACAAAAGCAGAGUAAAAGCUUAAAGUAAGAAGCGUUGUCGUUUGUUGCGUGUCUAAUUUGUGUUGGUGUGUUAUCAAAUUGAUGAAGAUUGUGUCUUCUUUAGCUAUUGUUGUGUCUAUUUGGUUGUGCUGCUUUUAGCCGCACUGUGUGCCGCUCUCAGGGCCAGACAUCAUUACCUACAUUUACACCCACAUUAACGGGUCUAACAGUGAUUCAGAAGCGUUUCACGUGCCGAAUCAGCAAUCACAGAACACCAGCAGCAUCAGACUCGUGGACUGAGCCGGCCUGGGACGAUUCCAUCCUGUAGCAACGGACAUCGUGUCUAUGACCACUGUGAAUAUCUGUUACAAGGAACAAAGCAGAACCAGUCCGGCCCCAGUGACAGCAUGUGAAAUGAUCAGAUAAGUGCUGCGGGUGAGAUUGGAGUGUGAAGCUGUGUGAGAGGCCGGGGGAGGGACCCUGUGAGCGGCGGCCUCCCCUGCUGCUGCCGCCUAUAAGACCGCAGGCACCCAGAGCUCAGGCCACAGAGGCAGGAUGCGCUCCUCGUGCUGCCCCGCGGCCAGAACACCAGCCAUGAAGGCGUUGUGUGCUCGCGUGUGCGUGUUCUACUACACCGCGCUUCUAGCCAGCUGGCCGCUCUCCGCGGACGCAGCCAGGCUCCGCUGUGGCUCGGAUCUUCUCAGCGACCUCAUAUUCGUGUGUGGGGACCGUGGCAUCUAUUUGGGUAGAGGGAAAUGGUCUGGCUACGGGGCUCGGCCCAGAGGGAAGGGGAUCGUGGACCAGUGCUGUCGUCCAGCCGGCUGUGAGCUCCACCAUCUGGAGAUGUACUGCGCUAAACCCAAGAGCCAGCAGCAAACCACAGCUUUGCCCACAACAACAGCAGCAGCAACGCAGACAGAUGAGGAUCUGCAGUUCCAAGCAGUUUUUCACAAGAGACUUCUGGAGCACAUGGGGCCCCCAGACAGCGCAAAGAGGGAAGCCUCCAGGAAGAAGGCUCAGCCUCCCCCUCCCAAGAAAGCCUCACGCCGGAGGAUUAGAGCACAGAACAUGAGCAGCGGUCCUCCCUCCGUCCUUAGAAUGAUGCGACCCGAGUCGUGACAUGUGGCCUCCUCAAGGGAGCAUUUAUAGAUUUACUGACUGAACCUUGUGGAUGUUAAGGACGUGUCUGCUAAGGAAGGAUCCCAGUGACGGGACAUUUGCUGCUCAUCGUUGCCGUUCAGAGGGAUGAGACGGUCCAGCAGACGGGGGUGGAUGCUGUCAGCUGCAGGCUGGACUCACUGCAUGAGUCUCUGUGGAGCUUUUCAUGCAUCAGCUUGUCUGGAAGCAGAUUCCUUUCCAAGCGUGUAUAUAAAUGUGACUUUUCCUUGUGGAUAGGAGCUAAAUCUUGAUUUUGAUGUAUCUGGGACUUCACUGAAGCAGAUGUGUGCUGAUGUUGUCACUUUAGUAAUUUACAGUUUUAGCAGUGUUACAGUAUUUUUUUAUACAUGCUCUGCUCUCGCUGUGAAAAAGCGCUGACGCCGGUGGCGACUUAUUUGUCCCACCUGUUUCGUAUGUUUUAGUGGUGUCACACCUGUGAAGCAUCAACGCGACGCUGCUGUUGUGAAAGGCACAGAUAAUGUACCACACCAACUGUGUGACUGUUCGCUGUAUAUAAACAUGUUUUAUGUUAAAUACUAUUUCACUAUUUAUUGAACUUUAAUAAACUUUCUGAAUCUUUGUCAUA